GGUAUUUCCUGCCACAGUCUCGCAGCAGACAGCUGUAAGGCUUUGAGAUGUUAAUACUUGUGGGCAGCCGGCGCACCGACUACUUUCCAAUCAAACUGUCUCCCUAGCUGCCCGAACCCCAGUUUUUGUGUGUGUGUGUGUGUGUGUGUGCGGCACCGUUUUGUCUGGGGACGGAAAAAGAAAGAAGAAUAAAAGGGCGCUGCCGCAGCAACAGGAAUCUGGUAGCGAGAGAGGAGUGAAGUGGAGAGUAAGGGGGAAGAGGUUCCCAGCUUAACUGCCACCCUUUCUGGGGAGGCUGGGACAUUCUCCCGGUGGCGGAUGAAGUGAACUGCCGUCCACUGACACCCCUCCACACCCCACCCUACCCGUGACUUCUGACCGGCAACAUGGUCGUGCAUCCGUGCCUGAAGCGGGUCUCUUGGGACUUCUCGAUGUCCGACGGUCAUAUGAAGAGAACGGGAAUAUAAAGCGGAGUUUGCAGGCGACCGGAGCCCAAUGCCCGUUCAUCUGUGAGAUGCCUUCCAUGUUACCAGAGAAAACGCAUGCCAUGAUGGAAGAUCACGUGUUGCGGCGCAGGUUUUCUCUCUGCACUGGAUUGGCAACACCACAGAAAAUCGACCCUCGUGAAUUCACCCGAAACUCUUCUUUUGGUGGAUACAAUGAAAUAUAUCCUUUGAAUCCAGGUAAUGAAAUCGAAAAUAAUGGAUUUUCACCUCUUCCCUGUGAGGUCACUUCAACACCCAUCUCCAGUAGUAAGUCAGAUUCCAAACUAUACAAUGGUUGCGACAAAGAUUAUGUAUCCUCCAUCUCUAAACUGACGAAGAAGGAAUCUUUAAAGGCUCAGAAGAAAAAUUACAGACAGGAGAAGAAAAGGGCCAGCAAGGAGAUGUUCAGUGCUUUGAAGGACCCCUCUGUGGUGGUGAUGGAGGACUGGCUAAAGAUCCGAGGUACUCUAAAGAGCUGGACCAAACUCUGGUGUGUGCUCAAACCUGGCGUUCUGCUAAUUUACAAAACACCCAGCAAUGGCCAGUGGGUGGGAACCAUCCUUCUCAACACCUGUGAGCUCAUCGAAAGACCCUCGAAAAAGGAUGGCUUCUGCUUCAAACUAUUCCAUCCUCUCGAUCAAUCCAUUUGGGCAAUGAAGGGUCCAAAAGGUGAGAAUGUGGGAUCAAUAACACAGCCUCUUCCCAGUAGUUACCUGAUCUUCCGUGCGGCCUCUGAGUCAGAUGGUCGAUGCUGGAUGGAUGCUCUGGAAUUAGCUCUACGAUGUUCAAGUCUUCUUAAACGCGGCACAAUUAAGGAUGGGAGGGAAGGCGAUCUGAACAGCUCAAUGGAUGCAACUCACCCAGGAUUUGCUGGUCUGAUGCAAGGAUUCAGUCCCACCCAUCAGGAGCUCUCCCAUGAUGUCGAGUUUGUAAACAAUGAUUACUACAAAGAUGCUGAUAUAUAUUCCUACAAAUUGAACCAAGAUAACGAUCCUCAUCAUGAAGAGCUGGAGAAUGGCACAAAUGACAAGAGCAGCAGGAGUGAGGAAAGUGACACAGACCUGUCUGAAGUCCAGGAAGAAAUGGCUAUGAAGGACUUACUAGAAUCAACUUAUCUGGCAGAAUGUUCAGAGGAGUUUGGAGAAAUUAGUGAAACCACUCAGACGGAGACAGUGACUGAUGAAAACAAGAGUCUGAUGUGGACAGUGUUGAAGCAACUCAGACCUGGAAUGGACCUAUCCCGUGUGGUACUACCAACCUUUAUACUGGAGCCUCGCUCAUUUCUGGACAAACUGUCUGACUACUACUACCACUCUGACCUCCUCUCCCAAGCUGCCUUGGAAGAGAAUGCCUACGGCCGAAUGAAACAAGUGGUGCAAUGGUACCUAUCUGGUUUUUACAAAAAACCAAAGGGACUGAAGAAACCAUAUAAUCCAAUCUUGGGAGAGACAUUUCGUUGUUACUGGUACCAUCCUAAAACUGAUAGCCGCACUUUCUACAUAGCAGAGCAGGUAUCCCAUCAUCCUCCAGUUUCUGCAUUUUACAUCAGUAACAGGAAGGACAAUUUCUGUAUCACUGGUUCUAUCUUGGCCCGCUCCAAGUUUUAUGGGAACUCACUUUCUGCUGUAUUGGAUGGUCAAGCACAACUCCGGUUUCUCAAUAGAAACGAAGAUUAUAUCAUCACCAUGCCAUAUGCGCACUGUAAAGGGCUCUUAUAUGGAACACCAACCCUGGAAUUGGGAGGAAAGAUAACCAUUGAAUGUGAGACAACUCAUUACAAGGCAGAGCUUGAGUUCAAGCUGAAGCCUUUCCUAGGUGGUAACGACUGUGUGAACCAGAUCAUGGGGAAGAUAUCACUAGGUGAGGAGACAUUGGCCACAUUUCAAGGACAUUGGGAUCGGGAGGUUUAUAUCCAGGAGAAAAAAAUUGGAUCUCCUGUUUCAUUCUGGAGUGUGACCAGUGAGAUUCGGAAACAGCGUCUAGUACGUCAUGCUGUGUGUUCGGAGGAGCAGGGUGACUUUGAGUCAGAAAGACUAUGGCAGAAUGUGACCAGAGCAAUAAAGAACCGUGAUCAAGAACAGGCCACACAGGAGAAGUUUAUUCUAGAGGAAGCACAGCGCAAGGCUACCAGAGAGCGUAAAGAACAAUGUCAGGAUUGGGUGGCAAAACUCUUCCAGGAGGAUGAAGCAACAAAGAACUGGAAGUACAAGUUCAUGGAGACCUGUCCCUGGGAUUCGACAAAUGACAUUAUCCAGUUUGAGAAAGACGGAAUUGUGCAGACAAGGAUCCGACACAAAUCGCUGACAGUGAUGUCAAUUGAUAUUAACAGCAGAAGUCAAAUAGGACAGCAGGUCCCAGUUCAGGAAUACGUUGGGUGUAAAACCAGUGAUCUUCCAGUACCCAGCACAUCACAGAAUACAGAGAGCAGUUGUUCAACACCGGAACCAGUACAAGAUGACUCAUCCGAUGUGUCAUGGUUACUAUGUCCCAGGUGCAGAAAAGGAAUGAAUGAACUUACAAAUAUUCACACAACUAUUCAAUCCAUUCAGAGGACACAGCAAGAAAUUCACAGGAAUCUCGCUGCACUUAACCGGCAAGCCUGCCACAAACAGUAUAUCUCCUGGAAAAGGCUCCUGUACCCACACUACUGGCUGGUUAUUUGUGUACUUGUAUCAUUCCAAUUAAUCAUCAAUUUUUUUUAUGGGUGAAUCGCGUUGAAAUGUAUUGCAGACUAUAAAUGGCGAAAGAAAGCAGAAUUUCCACGGCAUAAACCGGGCUACAGAAGUGCCCCACAGCCAACUUCCAAGGAGAGUCGCUAGGAAAAAAACGGAAUAUUUGAACUUCUUCCAGUUAAAUCUUGUAUUGGGUGGGGACAUAUCUAUGGAUACUGUACUUGCACAUCCCAUCUCCAAGGGCAACCAACCCCAACUAGGCCUUAAUGCUAAAGCCAAAUAAGACUAUCCAAAUGUUCUACUCCUUUCUUCCUCUUUCCAAAACAAAGCAAUUUAGAAUUCUUCUUCCCAACAGUAUUUAUAAACUGUUGAUGGUAAUAUUUGUGGUGGUCGGUUUGUAUAUUGUUCUUUAUAUAAAUUUUGACUCUUUGUCACAUUAAUGGAUGUCUACUUCAGUCUGCCCUGCCACUAGGCAGUCACUAUUUAAAAUAGCAGUGUAUAAGAUCUGUCGCAGCCUUGUGAAUCUUGCCCUAAAUAGCACCGUUAAUAUGUUCCUGAGCAGAACCAUGCAGAGUAUUGUAGGUUGAAACAGAAAUGCCUCCAGGAUGGCAAGAACUUAUAGUCAUGAGGUCAGUUUGCUCCCUGUCUGCAAUAUAAUUUCACUUCUAUGACAUUCUAUGAAUGAAAUGUACAAUAUGUGUAAACAGAUGCGGAUAAUAAAAAAGUUUUUUUAAAAA